CAGUUAUUUGUAGCAGGUCCUCCCUUUCGCCGAGAAUUGCGAAAAGCGACGAAAUUCCAAAAACCUAAGCCCAACCCGGGAAACUCGUCAAGCCGCAACAUGACUGUGACCGAAACCACCGGCCUCAUAAGUGGGCAAACUGUUCCAUGCCGAAAACACUCCAUACUACGCUUUCUCGGAUCUGCUCAAGAAAGUGAAAAUAGGGCAAUAAGGCUCUUGGCACACACUAUCCGAACUACUGAGCUUACCCUCUACAGCAGCUACGUCAACAUACUACUAGUUUUUGUGCCAUUAGGAAUUUUUUCUGGUCUUCAAAACUGGAGUCCAAAUCUCGUUUUCGCAUUUAACUUUUUGGCUGUUGUCCCGCUCGCUGCUGUCUUAUCCUUUGCCACCGAAGAAAUUUCAAUGAAACUAGGCGAAACUCUAGGUGGUUUACUGAAUGCCACCUUCGGGAAUGCUGUUGAAAUGAUUGUUAGCAUUGUUGCCUUGCGAAAGGGUGAGCUUAGGAUCGUGCAGUCUAGCAUGCUAGGCUCAAUCCUUUCCAAUAUGCUUCUUGUGCUUGGAUGCUGCUUUUUGGCUGGUGGUAUCCACAAUAGCCGAACUGGCACCGCGGCUGGUAUCCAACAAAAUUUUAACUCCACAGUCGCUUCCACUAUGUCAUCCUUGAUGACAGUUGCUUCUGCUACGCUGAUCAUACCUGCUACACUCUAUGCAGCACUUGCCCAGUCUUCGGAAGGCUCGAUGAAAAACAUCCUACUUCUCUCCCACGGUACAUCCAUCAUACUGCUGAUCCUGUAUAUUCUCUAUCUCGUGUUUCAACUACGAACUCACUCUUCUCUUUUCGAUGCAGAGUCCGAAGCUCUAGAAGCUGAAGAAGAGUGUGAAGAAGAGCACAUGGGAGUAUGGGCGGCCACAAGCGUACUAAUUGUUGUUACGAUUGCCGUAGCCGUAUGUGCUGAGUAUCUAGUCGACUCAAUUGAUCCGAUCGUCUCAACCAUGCACAUAUCAAAGACUUUUAUUGGCUUAAUACUUAUCCCAAUUGUCGGAAAUGCCGCUGAACAUGCCACAGCAGUUGUUGUUGCGGUGAAGGACAAAAUGGACCUAGCCAUGGGAGUCGCUAUUGGGAGCUCGUUACAAAUCGCUCUUCUAGUUACACCUACAUUAGUUAUCCUUGGAUGGAUAAUUGGGCAGCCAUUAACUCUUCACUUUGAAACAUUUGAGACAAUGGUUUUUUUCUUAAGUGUUUUGGUAGUCACAUACGUUAUUCAGGAUGGAAAGAGCAAUUAUCUUGAAGGUGCAAUGUUACUCGGAUUAUACAUAAUAAUCGCAUUAGCUUUCCUAGUAUAUCCCGAUGACGCAGGAGAUAUAGUCCUUGACUCGGCGCUCGUAGUUAAAAGGUCUAUACAAAAUUUGGUGGGAUAUUAA